UCCUACUUUGGAGUGGUGGGUUGACUGGUUCUAUUGAAAGCACCGUCUCCGAGGCCAGAUGGGAGAAGCGGGGCUUGAGCCUUGACUUUGGGGACGUGCAAGAUGCCCAAUGAGAAGCAGGGUGUGAAGUGGAAGUUGUGGGGACACGCUGGCGUUCUAUCCUGCGUUCUCUCGGUCUUCUCCGUGGCGCUGGCAAGAGCGCGAGAGUUUGAAAUUGGAAGCCUCUGAUCAAUUCAUCCCACGUCCGGAUUGCUACCUGGAUUGCUACUACGUACGCUGAAGCUGAAGUAGGGCCCGGAAGCAUCAGUAUGCCCGCCCGACGCACCAGCAACCCUCUUCCAUACAGCCCCCUUUCGAACGAAGAAGAUACCCCAGGUCGGCCAGAUGAAUUUAUCACCAAGACGUCGCCGGCAGGCACCCUAUCGUCCGUCCUACUUGUGUUAAGGACGGUGUUCUCACGAUCCCCAGAGAAUAUUCGCUGGUUGUACGUGGCCUUGAUCGGGAUUAGCUUUGCGAAUCAGGCCAUUGCAUACCAAAUCGGAAUCCGUUUACCACAGUUCUACAUCGUCCUCAACCAUAGAGAUGUCUCGGGCUUUUGGCUGCUAGUAGCAAUUCUGCUUGGUCUCUUCAUCUCUAUAUCGGUGACCAAGGCUGCUCUCCACUUCGUGAGCGGGACAUUUUGUGUGAGAACGAGGAAAAAGUUGACAGAAAAGCUUCAGAAGCAAUAUGUCACCCGGGAAGCUUUCUUUGGCGUUUCUCAGGGACGGAUUCUCGAUAAUCCAGAUCAGCGUAUUUCUCAGGAUAUUGAUAAGUUCUCUGAAACGAUACGGGAGCUACUGGAAGAACUCGUGAUUGAGCCGCUACUCUUGGUUUACUAUACCUAUCACACAGCCCGCAUUUCUGGUUGGCACGGACCCGCCUUCAUCUACAUAUACUACGCUAUAACAUUUGGUAUAUGUGGUCACUUGCUCAAGCCAAUCGUGGGCCUGGUGUUCCAGAAGGAACGUGCAGAAGGUGACUUCCGAUUCCUGCAUGUUCGAUUACGGCAAAACGCGGAAGCCGUUGCGUUCCUGCGUGGCGAAGCACUAGAAGAGGGAUUUCUGCAGCGGGCAUUGAAUCGGCUUCUGGAGAUUCAAUCGUUGAUCGUGACCAAGGAGGCGAUUCUCAAAAUGGGGACAUCCUUUUCUGACUAUGGAGGCAGCAUCAUUUGCUACAGCGUUCUCGCCGUGCGGAUUUUCGAAGGCUACUAUGAUGACCUACCAGCCGCGGAGCUGAGCGCCCUCAUUUCGUUGAAUUUGUUCUUUUCUCUGUACCUCAGCUAUCGUUUCAAUGGGGUGCUUCGACUCUCGGAGAAAUACGCUGAUAUCGCGAGUUACGCGGCACGUAUUGGACAGUUGAUGAGAAAGCUGAACGAGACAUAUUCCGACGAUAUGUCGUGCGUCCCAAAGCCCUCGCCUGUGCCCGCGGCACCUUAUGGCGUGCACGAUGAGCCGGCGAAACGAACCAUCAGCAUACACGACGUGUCUGUCUUCGCACCGUCGGACAGCGGAAAUGGUGAAGAAAAAGAAAUUGAUCGCCAUCUUAUCGCCGACUUAUCUAUCACCAUCACUGUAGGGGAGGACCCUACCCUUAUUACCGGUCCUACAGGCGUGGGAAAAUCCUCGCUUCUAAGGGCAUUGGCAGGCCUCUGGCCUGUCGAGACGGGUUUGGUCACCUACCACCAUAUGGUUGCCGAUCGCGAUAUCAUGUUUCUGCCCCAGAGCCCUUAUCUGCUGGCGUCUGGGACGCUCGCUGAACAAAUCGCCUACCCCGACCCUUCCUCGUUCAAUGACCCGGACAGCCAUGGCCAGAGCAGUCUCGAUGCCGGAAUCGCUGGCUUACUAGACACCGUUGGUCUGUCCCACCUGCUCGACCUUUACCCGGAUCACCUGACCCGUCGCGACUGGUCUACGUUCCUCUCGCCAGGAGAGCGACAACGUCUUACCUUUGCCCGCCUGUUGUUCCAUCGCCCGACAUUUGCUUUCGUGGACGAAGGCACAAGUAACGUGCCCCCGGACGUUGAGACGGCCUUGUAUAGAGCACUGAGAGAGAAUGGGGUGACGAUCGUCGCUACGUGUCACCGGAUGGUGCAAGGAUUGAGCCGGGUCCGGAACCUGAGACUGGAGGAGGGUGGCCAAUGGAGCGUUCAAAUAUCCGAGACGUAAUAUCCGAGACGUAACGGACCGUUUCCGCUCCUCGCGAGCUUGCCAAAUCCAGACUCGGCAAAGAUGCGCAGAGCACAUAGACAUGCGAUACUAGUAGCCUUCUUCAGUAUAGUCCUGUGUGGGCAAUUAUCGCAUUCAGGAUAGCAGUGUACCAAGAUGAGGUAGUAUAUAUACAAGAUGGAGAAUAGAUAAUGAUUGUCAUUUCGCACUAUCACGCCGUUGCAGUGGGCCGACUUCCGGCUCCGAGCGCUUCCAGUUGCGUCAUGAAGGCAUUGGGUGUGAUGAAUUCUGUUGUGCCGUAGGUUAUGCGUUUGCGAGGGAUCUGCGUACGCUGUGAUUAGGAGAAGAAUGUAACAA